GCCAUCUUCUUUACCUUUUUAUUUUUGGUCUUUUUGCCCAUCGACAAACAUUAACAACAAUAACAAGAUGGACGCUAUCAACAACAGUUCUAACAACGGCAACAACUCAUCUCUUGUCAACAAUGCUCCUUCCAAGCCAACUGUAACUACUAGCGGCGCUUCCUGGUACCAACCCAAACCUCCUGCCAUGUGUGUCAUUGCUUGAGAGAUAGUUAGGCGUAUUUGAAUUUGCUAUGCCGAUUCUGACAGUGUCUACUUAAUUUGCAAUUCUUUUAUGUGUGGUCUUCAAAUCACUCAUUUUUGUUUGGUGUAAUCUUUUGAAUAAAUAUUUUUGUUCACUUAAAAAUCAAAGCAUAAAGAGAAGUAGAAUGGAC